AUGGCUAAUAUAGAGGAAAACGUUUCUGAGGGGAUUGACUGGGGUGAAAAGACAGUGGUGGGAGAAAAACACAAAGGUACAGAGCGUAAUCCAGAUUGGACUGGGACUCUACUGAAGAAUGCACACAUUGGACUUCCUAGCCCAGCACCAGAUGUUGUCAAAUGUUCCCUAAUAUCUGGGGAGUGUCUCUACUUCCACUAUGGGUGUGAUGGUCAGGAUGACAGGGGCUGGGGCUGUGGCUACCGCACCCUACAGACCAUGGCCUCAUGGCUGUGCCAGAGCUGGGCCCCACCACCACCUAAGGGCAAAUGCAGACCCCCACCCAGCCUCCCCGAAAUCCAGCACGCCUUGGUCGCAAUGGGUGACAAGCUUGCCUUGUUCGCUGGCUCUCGCGAGUGGAUAGGGACGUUUGAGGCGGCCCUGGUCCUCGACUACUACUACGACGUCCCCUGUAAGGUUGUCCACGUGCGGGGUGGAAUGGUAGAACUACAGAGGGCUGCUGUGGAGCUUCACCAGCACUUCCAGAGCCAGGGGUCCCCUGUCAUGAUGGGAGGGGACCGGGACAACUCCUCCAAGGGGAUCCUGGGUGUGUGCACUCGGCCUGGGGGCCAGGAGAGCUACCUGCUGGUGAUGGACCCUCACUACUAUGGGCCCCCACUGGAGAGGGCGUCGGUGCAGGGGCUGGGGUGGGUGUCGUGGAAAAAGGUAGGGUCACUGGAUCAUAGCUCUUUCUAUAACUUGUGUCUGCCUCAGACUGCCAGGAAAUGAAAGGGAGAAGGACAGAUCAGGGUUUAAAAGAAGAGAUGUGUUUACUCUUUGGCUGUGUUUACACAGGCAGCCCAAUUCUGA